UCAAGCAAGAAACAAUUAAACUCGUUGCAGAAAAUAAAAGCAUGCUUUGGGCAGGUGAUUGUUUUUUGAUGUCUAUCGUAGAAAAUUUGGCUUUUUAUUUUUUAAAUAUUUAGCAUCUGUCUAAUGUUUGUACAUGGCGGGAAAAGAUUUAUUUAAAGAAGACUUUAAGUAUUACAAGAGAAAACAACUACGACCAAAUUUGUCUAAUGUCAUAGAUUUCGAUAAUGAUCAUCAGAAAGAUUUAGUUUUGUUAAAUAAGCCGUUUUCUGAUCUUUUUGAUAAAUCUGCAUGUGAACUGUGUGCAAAAUUAGGACUUCGUGAUCACACUACAUGGGAACAGUAUAUAAUAAAAGAUAUUAGUGGCUUCAUAUUUCUUAAAAAUCCGUUUUUGAUUACUGGUCAAAAGAUGUGGAUCCAAAGGUGCUUACAAAUAUACCCUCGAAAACCGUCAAUUACAAAUCUAGAUUUACAUUAUAAGAACAUUGAUGAUAUUUGGUCUAUGCGUAAUAAUGAGAAAACGAAUUAUUUAUCAAAAUUAUGUUGGGUGACGUUAGGUUAUCAUCACAAUUGGGAUACUAAAGUAUAUGAUCCCAACCAUAAGUCAGAUUUUCCACCCUGUUUAAAAGAAUUGUCUCAACAUAUAGCAUUUUGUUUGGGUUUCAACACAUACGAACCAGAAGCUGCAAUUUUGAAUUUUUAUAAUUUGAAAUCUAGCCUUGGUAUUCAUAAUGAUCAUUCAGAAGAUGAUUAUGAUGCACCGAUUUUAACAUUCAGUUUUGGACAAACAGGUGUCUUUUUAAUUGGAACGCAAAAUAAGGCUGAUAAACCUUUAGCUAUGUUUUUAAAGAGUGGUGAUGUAAUAGUAAUGUCUGGCUUAUGUAGGCUUGCCUAUCAUGCCGUACCUCGUAUCAUCUUAGAAGAUACUUCUUGUAGAUAUGAUGAAUCUGAAGCAGAUGAAAUGUGUUCGUCAAUUCGUGAAUAUAUGAAGAAGGCUCGCAUUAACAUAAGUGUGAGACAAGUUUACAAAGCUAAGCAGUGAUAAUGUUGCAUAUUUGAUAUUUUUAUAAAAUUGUCAUAACUGUUAAAAUAGAAACUACUGAUUACAUGUAUUUUAUAGCUGUUAAUAGAAGUAGUUUCAGUUAUUUAUAAGAAAUCUAUUGUUUAUACAAAAUUUCUAUAUUUAUAGCUGUAAAUUAGAAAUUUUUUGUUAUGUGAAUGAUUAUAUAACGUGUUAUUAUAGAUAUAAUCUAUAAAUGCUUGUUUCACUCCGUCA